AUGCCAUAUGGUUCCGCCAGCGGCUUCUUCCAGCGGCUGAGGUUUGGAAACACCGUGCCGCCUGGCAGCACCAAAGCUCCAGGACUCCAAGGCUACGUGACGUUUCUUGAAAAGUUGCGCGUGCACGCAGGGAACUCAGCCCCACCAUGCAGCUAUUUGAGGAGAACUGUCAACAAUUUGAGCGGCGCCAUGGUCAACCAGCAGCCUCCUAAUGGAGCGUGCGCAGCACUCCGGGAUUUGAUGGACAUCUUGGGACGCGCGUCAGAGCCAAACAGCUUGCUCGACUUUGCCUUGGGAGCUUAUUUUGAUGAGGCCAUUCUUCGACAUUUGCGGUCACUCGUGGAGGAGGCUUUGGAGAAGCUCGCCUCCAACGGUGAGGGAGGCACAAGUACAAACACUCCACCACUACCGGUUUUGCUGCAGCAUUGGCGAGAGGAUUUCGAGGUCUUCUUCAAAUGGUGCGAACAGGUUGGGGAGAUGUACGUGUACUUUGUGUUCCUGGACGUGAAGGGUGACCGGGCGCUUCUGACACACACAGUGAGGAAGCUGCAAGAAUUACUGGUCGUUGACAUCGAUGGUCUUGCCACCAACCUUGCGUCCACGAGGCAUUGGGCCAAGUUGGUGUGGCAGGAGCUGGCCUGCCAGCAUAGGUCCGAAACGCUGCUCCGAAUGCAUGGGGAAGCGCUGAAGCAGUGGCUGUCACACGCGAAGGAGGCUGCAGUGGCCAGCCUGUCCGAGAUAGGUGGCAGGACGUUUUGGGACGUGUACUUCAGCGGCCUGACGAAGGUCAGCUGGCACGAUUUCGUAGAUGGACUACAGGAGUUUCUCAAAAACCUCUGUGCGCAGGAUCUUUUGCCGCCAUUGCGGCGCCGAUUGGCCAAGAAGUCCAAGUACCAAGUCCAGCGGUAUCAAUGGGACUGCCUGCUCGAAGCCUACUCGCAUUCAGUCCCGGACUUGUUGGAUGCUUUGUUGGAGGAGGCUUUUGAGGAGGGUGCGACUCUGGUCUAUCGUGGUUUGCCCUUGCCAACCCCGCAACAGAGCGCCGCAGGAAGCACGCAGCCCAUGUUGAGCAGGGAACUGGACACGCCAGAACCGGAGACACGCCCGACUGGUGAGGAAAGCUGGACGCUGCAGUCACCAGACGCUGCCAUCAGAACAAUCAAGCCCACCCAGUCCUCAGACUUUCUCCUGGCUCCAGAGCACUCGGCCACCUCCUUCCAGUCUUUGGCUUCCGGGCGUACUCCGCAGGAUCCCAGGAUGAGGGCUAGCCCUACUGAGCCUGGGAAGCGCAUGGAAUGGCAGAAGUUUGUGGAAGAGUUGACCUACUCGGAACCUCGAUGGUGGGCCUCGACAGAGGCAAGCCGAUGGGAGUGUGCUGAGGAGGACCGUCUGCGGACAGCUGCGAUUGCAGCAGUCAGCAGCUGCUUAAACUGCACGAGACGCGCACUCCUGCUGCGUGUAGCCAGCGGUGAUCUCGCGCACGCACAGCCAGUGCUGGAACUUCCGUCAGGACACUACAGCCGUUCUGACCAGACCUCCCAACUUCCAGCUGUGUUCAUAAGUUCGAACAGCAUCACCUCCACGAUGGGAGUGACAAAGCUGGGACGAGGCUCCAAGCGCAAGAUGAUGCUGCCCGACUUGGUCAUGAACGAGCCCAUUGCUUCUAGAUCCCACCUUGCCAUCUGCUACAAUGCUGACACCGACAGGUACCAGCUAAUGGAUACCGGCUCCAAAUGGGGGACUUUUGUGCAGGUCCCACCAGAAGGUGAUUUGCUCAAGUGUGGAGAUUGGCUUCGCAUCGGAAACGCCGAGCUGGUUGUGCGUUUCUGCGGGGGCCACUGCAAUGCCCAUAGGUGGCAUGGCAAACGCGGGCAACGCAUGUCAGCCAUGGCUCGUUCCAUGAGCUCGUCUUCUCUUCUGAGAGGGAGUCCUUUUCCACGCACCCUGUCGAUGAGCAGCUUCGCAGAGGAGCAGGAACCGGACGAGGUGGCAGAGCAGAUUUCGAAUGUCCUCAGUGGGCGACCACGAAAAGUCUGGGACACCCCAGUGGACAAGAUGUGCAAAUCCUAUCCAGAGGGCCUGGACACGAGGACCGGCGCCCCUGAUCUGCAUCCUCAUUCAUCGUCUCUGCCAUGGGCUCCACUGGAAAUUGACUUCGUUUCAGGGCCGCGAAUGGGUGAAAGGUUGCUUCUGACAGAGCAGCUGUGCACCAUUGGCCGAGCUGACACUUGCACCAUUCAGAUCAGCGACCCCAUGCUUGCCAACGUUUCCCGCCAACAUUGCUUUCUGCAGAAGACGGCCAAGGGUUGGAAAAUUCUGGACAACAAGUCGACGAAUGGAACGUGGAGGCGGCUCUCAUGUGUCUUGGAGCCAUCCGAACCACAGGACCUGCAGAGCGGGAUGUGCAUUCUGGCAGGUGUUCACGAGUUCAGAGUCGAGGAAACAGAAAUGGACCGGUGUUGGCUGCCGUCGCCUGCAGCAAAGAUUUUGCAGACGCUUCAGACGGCCGCAACAUAG